AUGUCCAUCAAUCCAACUGCUCGUACUUACCGGCAAUGGUUGAAGGAGAGCCAAAUGAUGAAGAACUAUGUCAAGAAGGUUGAAGGGCGAAGCUUCGCUGUUGCAAAUAAGGGGUCGGAACACGUCUACCUAGGAUCUGCAGUGACGUCAUAUCACUUGUUUACAUCAGCACCACCAUCUGCAUCUCGUACCCUGUAUCUGAAAAUGUCGUCUGGUGCUACCGCCCAAGAUAAGACCUGGAAGUCUAGGGAACAAGGCGAGGAAGCACAGUAUGCUCACAAAAAGGAGCAGGAACAGCUUGCAGCUCUCAAAGAAAAGCUGAACCACCAGGACCAAUCCAAAUCGAUGAAUCACGACUUCGAAGGAGGCUUUGGCGGGCAGGAAGACCUAGAAGAUCGUUACGCAACUACAAGCGGAGAACACUAA